AUGGGUAACUCUGUUUCUAUUGAGAAUAGUGGUCUCUCUGCACGCUCUCGCCCCAAAGUAGCAGCAUUCAUCCCGGUGCUCAAAAAUGUCGACAAAAACUUUGUUAUUGGGUCCGAAAUCGAUGUAGAUAUGGCUAUUGGCGAAAACUGGCUUACUCGUGAGCCAUUGAUUGCCAUUUUUAAGAAGGCUCUUGAAGAUAUCACUGAGAAGCCAUCAGGCCCCAAAGCUAUGGUGUUACCUCAAAAUCAUUCCGGCUAUGUACCUUUUACUAAGUUUCGCGCCGAUGUCAACAUCGCCACCACAACAGAUAUACCAUGGCGUUCUGCUACAUCCAUCAACAUUGUCGCCGCAGUCAAAGCAGCAUAUUUUAACGCCCAAGACUCGAAGCGUGUCAAGGCAUUGCUUAUGGCCAAUCCGCACAAUCCGACGGGACACUGUUAUCCCUCAUCUGUGAUCCGUGAGCUGAUGAUCUUUUGCGAAGGAAAAGGCUUGCAUUACAUAUCGGAUGAGAUAUUUGCCAUGUCUUCCUUCAGGACAGAAGAAGAGCGCAAGUUUACUUCUGCACUCUCUCUUGUUGAUAAUGAUAAGGAAAGUCCUAUGGAUCCGAGUCGUGUGCAUGUGAUCUACAGCAUGAGCAAAGACUGGGGAUCACCAGGUCUAAGAAUGGCGUGCCUAGUUUCUCCGCGUAAUCGUCCUGUUCUUGGAGGCAGUUGGAUUUAG